AUGGCUCUUCCAUGCCAAUCUUUCACCUUUAUGAGUAGCUCUGGUCACCGACGCAGCUUCUGGACUCCGUAUGGCAAUCUGCAUAUGCCCUUUGUUCAUACUGGGAAUUGCAUAUGUGCUCGCACCUGUCUAGUCAUCUUGGUAGCCAUAGCAAGAUCUGCUAGCUUUUUCGUGGAGAAUCCAGGAAAUUCAGCAUUAAACAGCUGGCCAUUCAUCAAUUUCUUGAUGAGUAUGCCCUGGCUAAAUUCUCACCGAACAAGCUGGCUUAUGGGCUAUUAUGGCGGCUGGUCUUUAAAACCUCAAUUGGGCCUAUCAAAUGCGAUAUGGGCUGCUUACCUGAAUCAGCCGAUGUGUGGAGAGGCUCGAAAACAGUUGAGGGACAAGGCGGAGGCAGCUGGCAAAAGCUUGGUGAAAAAAACGGUGAACAAGGUCACCAACCAGGUCACAGUGAGCGGAUCCAAAGACCUCAAGGCUUCACAGCAGUAUCCCAAGCUGUUUGGGCAGAGGGUGGCAGAGCAUCAUCUUCGAUAUAUGGAGCCUCCACGUGAUUGCUGGAAGUUUGCAGCCGUGGAGCCGAUGGUGGACUUCAUGCAUGCUGCAAUCCGCUCUGGCUUCAAGGCAGAUCCAGAUAUCCCAUUGCAGAUUGAACCAUGUAGACAUGUUGCAGAGCUAGCCAGGAAGAAAGCCUUAGGAGCUUGA